AUGGCAGAGAGACAGAAGCGGUCAAAGCCGUGGCUUCACUUCACGCUGUUAAUAGCCUCCCUGGAGCUGCUAGCCCACUGUGGAGCCUCGCACAUCCCCGCUCCAGUGGUAAAGGUCAAUCCCAACUGGGAGGUGGUGUACCGGGACGCCGAUGUGUAUGGCGUGGUGGGCAAAGCGGUGAUCCUGGAGUGCGGUCCCACCUUACCUGACAUGUACAUAUGGAGCUUCACCAAGCCCGGGACUGAAGCCAUAAGAGCUGUGGCGUAUGAUUUGGGGAAAGGACAGAGGAUCCAGAAGCUGGCGGAGACACUCGGACAAGUCACGGUCAUCACGAACAGUGCAGCUGUGAGCAUCGAGAAGCUGCCUCUUGCCGCACACGGCCUCUUCACCUGCCAGGCUUUCUAUGACAUAGAACGGGAGCCCAAAGUCUACUACUACUACGUGCACCUGACUGUCCGAGUUCCCGUCACUAAGCCUUACCUCCUGAUGAGUGAUGUAUCUCCAGUGGAGGGAUCUACAAUGUGGAUGCGUUGCAAUCUGGACAAUGGGACCGGACCAAUCCAGUAUGUGUGGCAACAUGAGACCCGCAAUGGAAACAUCUCAGCCUUUGCACAAGGCAACGCCAAUGUUAUCAACAUGACCGACGUCAACCGCAACCAUACUGGCUGGUAUCGCUGUGUGGCCAGCAACGCCGUCAACAGCGAGAGCUCUAACCGGUUAUGGCUGGACACCAUCUUCGGCCCGGACAUCCCUCAGAUAGACGUGACUCCGUACAGUAUAACAGAGCGUGGAUAUUCAGCCCUGGAGAGAGAGACUGUUUCUUUACUGUGUCAAGCCCAGUCUAACCCGGCCAGCCAGUACGUCUGGUUCUACAACAACUCCCAGGUCUACACCGGGCCGCAGUUAACCAUCACCAAGAUCCUCCGCAUGCACACUGGCGACUACGCCUGCUUGGCACAGAACACCUACCUCAACACCCGCUCCAAAAAAACCAUCAGCCUGACUGUCUACUACCCACCCGACGGCUCCCCCUCCUGCUCUGUGGAACCGGCUCUGAAUCACACCUCUCUGAGACUGCUCUGCUCCUGGCCUGGUGGAUUCCCCUCCCCCUCCCUCCACUGGAAUGGACACCUGAAACGAGCGGGACAAGACGAGGCUGACACAGGGCAGCAAACAAAUCCACUGACCAACACUGCCAUCUUGCUGCCAUCUGAAGGCCUGACUUCCAACGACACCUUGUUUACUUGCAUGGGCUCCCACCUGGCGCUCCAACAGAGCGCAGAGUGCAGCACGCGCACAUAUAUUCCCCCUGCAGAGCCGGUGUGUUUUGCCUAUGUGACUAACACCAAACAGUAUCUGAUGCUGUCCUGCUCCUGGGAUGGAGGGGCCCCAAAGGCCUUGGUGUGGUGGGAGGGCCCGGGUAGCCACGGCAAAGGUGGGGAGGAAAGCUCCAACAUCUUGGUGCUUCGCUACGGCACUGCCCGCGGUGGGAAACCCUACACCUGCCAUGCUAAGCAUCCACUUCUGGCCCAAACCAAGACCUGCAGGCUCACACUGGAGGCUCCUGUGUUGCUGACACGGCGUCGAGUUGUGUCUGUAUACGAGGGGAGUGAUGUUCAGCUUACCUGCAACCUGAGGUCCAACUACCUUCCUGUCAGUGAAAUCACCUGGUUUAACAAUCAGGGCGUAGGCGUCCAAGACACCUCGAAGUACGUACUGCUGCGAACAUCUGCAUGGGCCAAUCUGACUGUGAGAGACACAGAUGAGAUGAAAGACAGUGGCGAGUACAGAUGCUCCACUUCUAAUGCAGUCGGAGGAACUGAAAUCAAUGUCACUUUAGUGGUCAAGAAGCACCCCAUGCCACCUAAUGCGACCCUGAUCAGCGUGGUGUACAACAGCCGACAGCGAAACGAGGUGGAGCUGGAGUGGCAGGUAGACAACGAAGAAGAAGGAGGUUGGACAGGUUUCAUCCUGCAGCACAGAUUGGUGUCAGAGCGACCAGGAAGGAGAGGCAGCAACAAUGAUUCAGCGGAGGAGACGGAGGAGAGGAUCGGUCCACCAGCCUGGUACCGUAACAUCAUCCAGGACCCAGAAGUCAGAAGUCAUACAGUAGGGAGACUGAUACCAACCAUUACCUACCAGUUUCGCAUCAUACCCGUCAACCAUCGCACCGUUGGACACCCCUCUGCAGCAAAGAUUCCAGCGGAACCACGCUACAAUAUGUACCCUGCUGUGAUCGGAGCAGCGAUAGGCGGGAUGCUCAUUGCAGCCAUCCUCACAGCGCUGCUGCUCAUCUUCAUUAUCCGCAACCGCAACAACAACCCUCGACUACACGACAUGCUGUUUGGUUUGCAACACAGCCAGUCGAGGGAAAACAUCAACUUCCCAGAGGAUGAAGUGGUAGCCAGGUCGGAGGGAGGAAUAGAGGAGAUCGGUGAAUCACCCAGUCCAGGUCCAACCAUAGCUUUACCCCGGGCAGCUUCACCCCUCACCACCAGCCAAGCCCCUCCUCCUGGAGAAGAGCCUGUCAACGUCACCAUCACCGUUAAGGCUACAGGAUCAUAG